AUGGCAAAUAUCUCAGUUAAGAAGCUGAGCCUAGUUGAUGGAGCCGAAGAGCUCGACUUGCCAGAUGAGGCCGCGGUGAUUCUCGAUGAUCUACGUAAUGAGAUCCGAGGGAUUACUCCGAUUGUAAAACAACAAGGAGUAAAGAUCCUCUACUCAUAUGGCACUCCCGAAUCGUGUGGGAAGCUCUCUUCCGCAAUUGGCCGCCACAAGGCCCAGGAAAUCAAAAAAAUUCUAUCUACUGUGCGAUUAAAGCCAAAAGACGCCAGGAUGCCCAAGCCGGAGAUUGUUAAAGUCGAAAGAAGCGGCGUCUACACCAGCCAAGACUUUGCCGGCCUGGCUGUUCUAAUUUCGGACCCAGUGGGAAUUGUUGUCAAAAUGGGGAGCAAGAGGGUCUCACAUGAAUAA